CGCACACACACACACUCUCACACUCACGCACACACACACUCUCGCUGAGAGGUGCGCACACCUGGAGAUAGAGAGAGAGAGAGCGCGAGCGCUCCCCCAGCGUUUAGUACAGUCUGUGUGUGAGAUACAGAAAGAGAGAUAGAGGAAGAGAGAGAGAGUGAUAGAGGGAUAGAGAGAGAGAGAGAGAUGUAGUGAAUGUCUCUCGCUGCAGACUGCUCUGGCCUGGAUGCGUUUCUCCUGCUUUGGGAAGACAGAUAUGUGUCACAAAGAUGUCCACUCGCGGCUGCCAGGGAUCGGACUCGGUCAUCAAGCCCCUGGACACCAUCCCUGAGGACAGGAAGGUCCGGGUCCAGCGCACUCAGAGUGGCUUCGAACCCUUCGAGAAACCCGCCAGCCAGGUGAAGAGGGUGCACUCCGAGAACAAUGCCUGCAUCAACGCCAAGACCUCGUCCGCCGGCAAGGAGUCGCCCAAACUCCGCCGCCACUCCAGCCCCAGCUCCCCAACCAGCCCCAAGUUCGGAAAAGCAGAUUCCUAUGAGAAGCUGGAGAAACUGGGAGAGGGUUCAUACGCCACCGUCUACAAAGGGAAAAGCAAGGUUAAUGGUAAGCUGGUAGCUCUGAAAGUGAUCCGGCUGCAGGAGGAGGAGGGAACCCCCUUCACCGCCAUCAGAGAAGCAUCUCUGUUAAAGGGUCUAAAACACUCUAACAUUGUUCUGCUUCAUGACAUCAUACACACCAAGGAGACCCUCACACUGGUCUUCGAGUAUGUGCACACAGAUCUGUGCCAGUAUAUGGAUAAGCAUCCUGGUGGUCUCCAUCCUGACAACGUCAGACUGUUCCUGUUCCAGUUGCUGCGGGGUCUGUCCUAUAUCCAUCAGCGUUACAUCCUGCACCGGGACCUCAAACCCCAGAACCUCCUGAUCAGCGACAGCGGAGAACUCAAACUCGCCGACUUCGGUCUGGCCCGUGCUAAGUCUGUGCCCAGUCACACGUAUUCUAAUGAGGUGGUCACGCUGUGGUACCGGCCGCCGGACGUCCUGCUGGGUUCUACAGACUACUCCACCUGUCUGGACAUGUGGGGUGUGGGGUGUAUCUUCAUUGAGAUGAUUCAGGGCGUGGCGGCGUUUCCGGGGAUGAAGGACAUCCAGGAUCAGCUGGAGAGGAUAUUCCUGGUGUUGGGGACUCCAUCAGAAGAUACCUGGCCAGGUGUUCACUCUCUCCCUCACUUCAAACCAGAUCGCUUUACUGUGUACAGUCCUAAGAAACUAAGGCAGGCCUGGAAUAAGUUGGGUUACAUUGACCAUGCUGAAGAAUUAGCCUCCAGGUUCCUCCAGUGCUUCCCCAAGAAACGUCUCUCCGCACAGGCAGCUCUCCAUCACGAGUACUUCAGCCAUCUGCCUCCCCGGCUGUGGGAGCUCCCCGACAUGUCUCCAAUCUUCACAGUUUCGAGUGUGAAGCUCCAGCCCGAAUCUGGAGACUCCAUCCAGAUCUGCAGCAAAACCAACAGCAAAGGAGGAUCCAGCAGCAGACACUGACCACCGGGGGACAGACAGAUACAGUGCAUCACAAAAGUUGCUGCUGGUGAUUGGUGAGGAUGAAGAGGAUGGGAUGGAGACGCUCUUACACUACAUUAAAUGAUUCAGUUCUGAUCUGAUUGGGCCGUGAGUGUGAGCGCGAUUGUGAGCGCGAGUGUGUGUGAGAGGUAGAGUACAGUGGGAUGUUCAGCAUGUUGAUUUCUGAAGUGUUUAUAUUGGAGAUGGUCUGUAAAUGUGAACACACUGCUGACAUCAUCAAUAAUGACCCUGAAGGACUAAACACACACACUAUACACACACUACACACACACACACACACACACACGGUUAGUGUGUGUAGCUGCCUGUGAAUGAAUGUAUAACAAUCAGUCUGUGAAAACAAUCCACACAGACACACAUACACACCCAUAAUAAUAAUAAUAAUAAUAAUAAUAAUAAUAAUAAUAAUAAUAAUAAUAAUAAUAAUAAUAAAGAGAAUAAUAAUAAUAAUAAUGAUGAUAAUUGUAACAGUAAUAAGGGAAAGGAUGAUGAUGGUGAUGUUGAUGGUUCAUGCACACACAGUUACUGCAGGGACACAACUAAAGCAAUUUCCAGAAUGCACACAGACACACACACACACACGUAUUCACAUAUAUAUAUAUAUAUAUAUAUAUAUAUAUAUACAUAUAUAUAUUACGGUACUGCAGUGUGUGUGUGUGUCUGUGUUUAUAUGUGUAUGUGUGUAUAUGUGUGUGUUAAACACAGGCAAUACUUCGCUGGUGCUACCUGAGCAGAGUACAGGCUGAGGGUUCUCUUUAACUCUGAGAACUGAUCACAGUUAUUACCUGCUGAUCAAUAAUCUUCCGAUAUUCACUAUCAAACAAAAGACUAAAAUUACACAUCAGCUGACCAGUCAUCUGACAGCCGAUUUUUCAACAGAACUCCUAAACCCGGUAAGGCGGGGCCUUUUUCAAAUGAAUUAAAUUCAAAUUCAAAUAAAAUUUAAUUUGCCACAAGUUGGCGCUGCAAACACACUCAUGCUUUUUUAAAACCAACCAUGGUAUUUCCACGUUUUUACGAGUGUACAAGUUUUUUUUUUUUUCUUUACCCAAACUGACCAUUUUUACAGGUGGCGCUGUUUCCACAUUCUUUUCUAAAGCAUCACCUGACAGAACAGACGCUAAAGUUACAUUUGAGAAUUUGCCUCAUGUUUAAACUUAAAAAAAUUUAAGUUCAUUUUUUACAUUACUAUAAAUCAUCAACCUGUAGAAUUCUGGUUUUGGAGAUCCCGAACAAAGCCUCACUCUAAUGCAGUGGGUGAAAUGAUGGAAAACAACAAACUAAAACCUCAACCUUUUCUUUUAUAUUUGACAAUCUUUACUGAAAUUCGCUUUUUGUUUUUACUAAACUUAACUUGUGUAUGAUUGUAUUUGACCAAAAACGCUCUUGAAAAAUGAUCUUGCUCGUCAUACAGCACUUAAGGGACCGUUGGAGAAAUACCAUACGAAAUGUAGCUUUACCUCUCGUCCCACCAGGGUCAGUGUCUCAAUCACUAGAUAAAGAACAUUUAAUUUCUUACGUAGAGCAUUUCCAUUGGUCAAUUCAUCAUCAAAUUCUGAUACAAUAUAAAAAACACCUAAUAGAUUAACAUUAUGGAGAAAAGUUCUAGAUAUGCUACUAACAUUAUUAAUAACAGCUGGUGUAAAGGUGAUAAUAUUGCAGGUGAUGACUGUGAUUCCAGAAGUUUAAUGAUGAGUAAAGGCGAGUCUUCCUCAGUAAUGCUGGUGGGAUAUUUUAUUUUAAAACCCACAUUAAUCCCAGAACCAGUACAGAGUGGUACUGAUACGAUUAUAGUGGUUCUACCACAGCUUUUACUCUGCAGGACUGAACGGUUACAUGCUUACAAAUGGUCAAGUUUUCUCAGGGGCCACAGAACUGUGGGAGGAGCUUAAAGAUAAAGGGAUCCACCAGUUGGCUAGCCAGCCAUGCUAAUGUUGUGGUAACAAUGUGUUUACAAUGCCCAUGCAAGACCAGUGCACCUAAUACGGUAGUAGUGAUGUUGGUCAAGGCCCCUAGCCAGCAAGCUAACACUGCUGUAGUGAUCUCGGAUGAGGUACAUAGCCAGUAUGCUAACACAGUGAUAGCAAUGUGUUACAGCCUGGUCGCUGGGACGACAACACUGUGGUAGUGAUGUUGGUCCUGAUUUUGCAACACAGUAAAUGAAAAAGGUAACCAGCACUGACGCGAAAUGGUACGACUCGGCCUUACUAACCGUUUGGACCUGCAGAGGAAAUGCGAACGUUGUGUUCUUUCACACACUGGACCAGUUAAAUAAAUAUAUCCAGUGUGUGUUUUUGGCUUCCUUUCUACAAUAUAAACACCACCAUAGCAAUGAACGGCUCGGUACUGUUUAAGUGGAUGUAAUAAAGGACCUCUGUCCGGGGGUCAUCCAGUGCACUAACUGUCCCCGCCUCCAUCCCGGGGGUGUGUCUCUUCAGCAAUGUGACCUCUGAGGAGUGAAGGGCAGCGUCAUGUGACUGAAAGAAGGAAAUUCCAAUAAAUAAUAAAUGGGUACGAAGCUCUGCCUGGAGUGGGAGGGGCUCUAAAGCCUGAGGGCGGUUCCACAGCUUACCUUGCACCACCUGACCUUUCUAGGUUCCGCCCACUAAUGUAUUUUUCUGCACUGAUUGCCUUGAGGUUUGACCAGCUGUACAGAACACAGCUAAUCAUCCCAUUCUAUCCUAAUGGGAGAUUGUAAGCUCCGCCUCCAUACAGUAUAUAUCACAAUACUCACAUAUUGUGAUAUUAUACACUGAAGUGGGCGGAGCUAUAGUCUCUCAUUAUGUUGAAUAUAUACUAAUAUCGCUCAAAAAGUAGGUAUUGUGUUAUUAUACAUAAAGGAGGCGGAGCUAAAGUCUAUCUAUAGUGUAUAUACUGUAUAUGUAUAUAUAAAUGUUAUUAUAAAAGUAGAUAUUGUGAUAUUAUAAACUGAGGAGGCGGAGCAACAGUCUCUCAGUAUGAUAAAUGGGAUGUUUAUCAGUGUUGUGUAAAUUUUGUCCAAUCUCACAGCUGUGGUUGGGGAAGAACUCGUCAGUGGGCGGAGCCGGAAGGGGGUGAGCUGUAUUAAUAUGUGAAUAUUUAGUCUUUUUUAUCUUUUGUUAUACAGUGUGUUAGGCUGUAUAUAUUCUGAGGGGUGGAGUCUAAAGUGUAAUAGUGAUGCUUCAGCUGUCUGCAUCCAGGGUCAGGAAUGCCCCCUAAAGUAACUCAUAUUACUGUUAUAUUACUCGUUAGGAACAGUCCGGUCCGGCCCGCAUCCUGCCGCCGUUCAGAUAGCUUCACUCGCAUAUACCUAUAUCUAUUUUAGUUUUUGUAUGAUGCACUGAAUACUGAAUUUUGAAGAACAGUCCAUAAUCAGCAAAGAGUUUCAGACGAAGUUCUGGAGUAGGUAGUAUAGUUAUUAUCUGCAUUAUUUGUUAUAACUUGUAUGUAUUGUUAUUAUUGAAUAUGUAAUGCUCAGCUGUAAAUGUUGUUUAUUGUUGUUUUAUCUGAAAUAAAUAAAGUUUAUUAAUGCGUCA